UUUUUUAAAGAUGUUUCCUUCUUUCAGGAGUAAGAAUUAUUAUCCAUCCCCUCUAAAAAUAAAUAUUGUUCCUAGAGGCUGUCAAAAGAAACCUAGAGAAGAAGAGAAAUUAAAAUCAACCCUUGGUUGGGAGGAUCAAUCAUCAUCCAUAAGAGUCAUGCAAAAGCAAAAGAGCCGGCGAGUAUUUUUCUUCUACCCGAGCAGUUUCUCACCACGCUUCCAUUCAAAUUCCACAAGCCGUUUCGCCAUAACACUAAAGACUUUCCGACGAGAUAUUUACCGUCCGAUCACCGGGAAGGAACGACUUUUCGGACAGACAUCACUAGGCCCUUGGGUUCAACUGAAGUUCAAAAUCCCAUCAGAGUUUCUAGCCGCCUGCGACGUGGAUACAUGCCGUCAACACUUGUCUCUUGUUUUGGCUGAUGUUGAGUAUCACUUGAUGGACGACGAGGAAUCUAUAGUGACACAUGAUUGUUGUCAUGUUUUUCAUAAACUCUGUCUUUGGCGCUGGAUCCGAACCAAUAGCACUUGUCCUUUUUGUCGUCAUCCUAUUUAUUCAAGACCCAAAUUUUUGGAUCUUUACUUUUUUUUUUUGUAAAACUCCGUCCUCCUUUGCAGGAUAUACAUAUGACCCAAAUACUUGUUGUAAAUUAUGGGUUGUUUUUAUAUAAAAAA